UGUCUAGCUUGAAGGGAUCUAGUUGAUAAAUUAUUAAUGUUGAUUAUAGUACGGUAUAUAUUAUUAUUUAGUUCUUUUUACCGCUACGAAAAAAUUCUUACUUCAUCUGAGAUUUUGAUUUGGACCAGAUAGUCAGAAUGGGACUGGAAGUGUUAAUGUCUAGACAAUAUCCUCAUCUGAUUUUAGCUGGCUUGGUCCGUAUUGGGCUUAUUAUAUACGGCGUGUAUCACGACAAGCACAACGCUGUGCCGUACACCGACGUCGACUACCAUGUCGUGACCGACGCGGCGCGCUACAUCAGUGAAGGCAAGUCGCCGUUUGCUCGUCACACAUAUCGCUAUACUCCAUUCCUGGCCUACCUGCUCCUACCAAACAUUAAUUGCCAUCCAGCGUGUGGUAAAGUCUUGUUCUGUAUCCUUGACUUAGUUGCAGGAUAUCUCAUCAACUGCAUAAUCCGCCUUAAGCAACCCGUUCACGUUGCUGUGCGCCACUCCUUGUUGUGGCUGUACAAUCCACUGCUGAUUGCUAUCUCCACCCGUGGCUCUGCAGAGUCUGUCAUGGCAUGUCUCGUGCUCCUCAUAAUUUACUCCCACUUACAGGGCCGUGUUGUGCUCACGGGUUUUGCACUCGGCACUGCGGUGCAUUUCAAAUUAUAUCCCAUCAUAUACAGCCUUCCGCUUUACCUGUCUCUCGAACAGCAAUCUGUACACUCGUGGGAAUGGUUUCGUCCAACUCGUAAAAGACUUCAUUUAGUGAUGUCUUCUGGAAUUUCUUUUAUUCUGCUCACGUACGCUGCCUACUUCCUCUACGGGUGGGAUUACAUAAGUGAAGCUUUUCUGUAUCAUUUAUCGCGCGUAGACACUCGUCAUAAUUUCUCUAUCUACUUCUAUCUGAUGUAUUUGACUGUUGACCAAGUGAUCCCUGGCCUCGGGCUAGUCACAUUUGCCCAUCAGCUAGUGUUGGUGUUAGUGUAUGGAAUCGCCUACUCUCACCGUGACCACAUCGUGCUCGCGAUGUUUGCUCAAACGUUUUCGUUCGUUACGUUCAACAAAGUGGUCACAUCGCAGUAUUUUGUGUGGUACAUCGUCUUCAUACCACUACUUGCAAGUAGCUUGACUUUUUCAUGUCGCAAAAGCUGCUUGCUCUUGGGGUUAUGGCUGCUCGCUCAGGGUGCGUGGCUGAUGCCGGCAUAUUUGUUCGAGUUCCAAGGCCUCAGCGUGUUACUUCCUAUUUGGCUUGAAAGCAUCGCAUUUUUUUGCUGUAAUGUAGGAGUUUUAACUGCAAUUUUGGGAAGCUACUGGUCAAAACACGAAGCAACCGCACAAUAUAAAAUAAAAUAAAUGUUUAAUCUGGAUAUUUGCGGUGUGUGGAAAUUGUUAAUGAGUUGCCUAUUAUGAUGCCGAAGAGGUAUCUUCGACAUGAUCGAUGCAUCACGCCUGAUAGAUCACAUUCUAGUGACUCGACUUUCUACCAAAAAAGCUUAACUGACGUUUCUCUGAAAGCUGUAAUUACUACACAUAAUAUGUCCAGCUUAGUGUGAUGAUGUAAGGUUUUUUCAUGUAAUAUUUAAACCUAUCAUCUAUGUUAUAGAACGUGAGGCGUUCGUAUAUGGUCGAUGUAAAAAGUUUGAGAGAAAA